ACACAAACCAUACACGGUGCACUGAUGGGGGCCAGAGGCAGAUCCUGGGACAAGAGGGAGCUCACUGCUGGAGAUGGCGAAUAUCUGAGGGGGAUCAAGAGAAUCAGAAGGCUCUACUGCAACGUGGGCAUCGGCUUUCACCUCCAAGUUUUACCAAAUGGGAAGAUCAUAGGUGUGCAUAGUGAGAACGGUUACAGCCUUCUGGAAAUUUCUCCUGUGGAGAGAGGAGUGGUGACUUUGUUUGGAGUUAUAAGUCAUCUCUUCAUUGCCAUGACUGAGAAAGGGAAACUGUAUGGCUCGCGUGACUACAGUGAUGACUGCAAGUUCAAGGAGAGCCUCCUGGAUAACAACUAUAAUGCAUAUGAAUCAGCAGCCCACCCUGGCAUGUACAUCGGCCUCAGCAGGGCUGGCAAAACCAAGAAAGGAAAUCGGAUCACACCCACCAUGGCCAUGACACACUUUCUUCCAAGGAUGUGAAUUACAUCAUCCCGUAACAAGACAGACUCUGUUGGUUGGUUGAUGCAUUUGUAUAAUCCUAAAAUGCACAGAUUUUACGGGAGAAAAGAGGUCCCCACAUCCUGUAAUUUAUUACUUUACAACCUUUUAAAAUAUAUGAAUUCAUAUUUGACUUAAGUACUGUGUAUAUACAGGUAUAUAUGCAGUUUGUUGCAAAAAAAAAAAAAAAAAGGUUUUGAGUUGUCAAAUGUACAGGCUGUUAUGCGUACUUAACCCUACAAGAGGGCAGGAUACACAAAUGUGGUGCUGCAAAUGGCAAAGUACUGUAAAUGUCUUUGGGGUUCAUUUAAUUUGCCCACUGUGAUAUUCCUCUGUUGUUUUCACCUGCCUGUAAUGUUUCCUGUUAAACAUCAAUCCAUUAAAAAA